CCUCCGAGAGCCAGAGUCCCGUCUGCAGGACUCGUCCAGGGCUUCCACAGCUCCAGGUCUCUGAUUCUGGGUCUCCAGCGGAGGAACCACCUCCAUUGGGGAGCCGGCAUGGAUCCUCCAGCCACUCGAGAGCCGGAUGCCAGCGGUCAGCCUCCGCUCAUGCAGUCCCCGGCGCCGGCAGCAGUGCUGGAUUCUGAGGAUGGACUUGCAUUUAAAGCAUGUGAAAUCUCCGAGCUUUUGAGAUUGUCCAGCUUAAACUCCUUCCAGACGGACUCUGCCAAUGACGCGGAGAUUACAGACGAACUUCAAAAAGAGCAUCAAAGACAUUCCAGAAGCGGUUUGGAGAAUGAUCCCAGUGACUUAGACGGCGAGCGGCGUGAAGGGAGCGGUAAACAUGGAGACGAUGAGCAGGAGCGGCCGCAGGGUCACGAGGGGACGGAGGCAAGCGGAAAGAUCCCCAAUCGGGACAGCGGGAUUGACAGUCCCUCCUGCGGGACAGAGAGCGAGGGCUUCCCGAAUGAGGACCCCAUCGAGGAGGAGGACAGGAACGACAGCAUCGCCACAGAGACGGAGUCAUGCGUCACCGCCGGCAACAAACGGGACUCGACGCAGGAUGAAGACAGCGACCUGGACGAGGGGAGCAGUGAGGAUCCCGAGAGCCUGGAACUCAAGGUAAGAGCGCAGACGAAUGAAUCUGGAGCUCUGGUUACCAGCACAGUAGCAUGUACUGCACGGCAGACCGACUCACUUUGA